AUGGCUGAACGCAAGGUUCUAUCAAAGUACUAUCCGCCGGAUUUCGAUCCAUCGGCGAUCGAGCGCUCGUCCAAGCGCUCUCGCAAGGAUGGCAACGAGCCCAAGCUUUCUGCAAGUCGUCUCAUGACACCCUUCUCGAUGAAAUGUACCCACUGUGGUGAGUACAUUCCGAAGGGUCGCAAAUUCAACGCCCGCAAGGAAACUCUCGAGGAGCGAUACCUUUCGGUGCAAAUCUUCCGUUUCUACAUCCGCUGCACCCGCUGCAGUGGCGAGAUCACCUUCCGUACCGACCCCAAGAACAAUGACUACCAGUGUGAACGCGGUGCCAAGCGCAACUUCGAAGUCUGGCGCGACAACACAGACGAGAAGUACAACGACGAAACCGAGGAGCAGACUCUCGACAGACUUGAGAAACAGCAUGGCGAGAAGGAGGAGCAGAUGGAACGCGACAAGAUGGCCGAACUCGAGGACAAGAUGCUUGACUCCAAGCGCGAGAUGAAGGUUGCCGACGCCCUCGACGAGAUCCGCACCCGCAACGCCCGUAUCGAGCGCAAGGAAGCCGGUGGCGCCGACGCUGCUCUUGCUACCGUCCAGGACGAAAUCAACGAGGAGACCCUCCGAGCUGAGCGAGAGGCCGCUGCUGACGCUGAGGCUAUUCGCAAGUUGUUCCAGGAGAAAAAGCGUGCUGCACGCGCGGCUGCCAUUGAGGAAGAGUUGAACCGACCCAAGGAGCCGCUCACGGACCCUGACUUCUGGAAGCCUCGCAAGCGACGUGCCCGUCCCGACCCCUAUGGCCUCCGCAAGACGAAGCCACGCCUGGUCUAA